CACUCGUUAGUUGUCGUGGGUACCGGUGGGUGGCCAGAGCAAGAAAAAGAGUCAGAAAAAAAAGGAAAAACAUACAAAUACAUCGAACAUUGUGCGUAAAAGUUAAGAAUAUGACGAAAUGUUGGACAGGAAUUCUGCUGGUGAUGCUCGCCAUCCUUAUGCAGAGUGGAAGAGCUACUAAACUUGCCAAUUCUCCUGGUGUCUCAAGCAUUGAAUUGGACAGUCGCUCUGAAUCUGCGGAGCAAUUCGAAGAUGGAGCCACUUCUUCAACCUCUAGUUCUGUUUCACCAUCUGAGAGUUCGGACAGUAGCUCUAGUUCUGUUACACCAUCUGCGACUUCGGACAGUAGCUCUAGUUCUGUUACACCAUCUGCGAGUCCGGACAGUAGCUCUAGUUCUGUUACACCAUCUGCGAGUUCGGACAGUAGCUCUAGUUCUGUUACACCAACUGAGCCAAAUACUUCCAGUGACUCUACAAACCCAGUUAGCUCCACAACAGAUACCACAGACAAACCAACACUAACAGGAAAAGAACUGUUUAUACGUACUGAAGAAGUCCUUGGCGACAUUGACCAAUCUCUGAACAUAUUACAAGAGCUUUUCCUAGAAUUGAGAGAAAAGCUGCAUUCUGGCCCGCUGCACCACAUCAGGUCAAAGGUCAACCGGUCAUUAGCCGGAAGGACGUCGAGACGAAAACGGAUAUAUGCAUUACAGACAGUGGGACUUGCAAUACCAUUGAAGAGUUGUUGUUAAGGAUAA